CAGCCAGUGUACUCUGAAAAGUGUGGGAUACGAGAGAUAAUAAAAGAGAACGUGGAUGAGCCAAGAAGCAUAAGACAUUUUUGCGGCUUCAUGUAGUUAGCAAGUUAGCUUUCAGCAAGUUAACUGAUGGUGAUGUAAUACAUUUGCUCCACUUGUUUCGUAACGUGCCCCGUGCGUACACUAGAUAGAAACACGCAUCGGCGUAGGUUAACAUACAGCACGUAAAUAAUAACAACAAUGAUAUACUUUGCAACACAAAACGCACUUUAUAAAUCAUUCGUUCGUUGCAAGGAUAUAGAGGAGAAAAUAUUUUUGAAGAGAAACAUACGGUACACCCUGCAGAAGAUAUUUGUGCAAAGUGUGCGAAUGAAUAAUGGGUCAAGAGACCUUCCAGUUGUUCACCACAGCAAAUACGUGUGUGAUCUCCCGCCAAACCACAGAUUUCCCAUGGGAAAGUUCCCGAGAGUCCUACACUUCCUGAUUAAAGAUCAAGUAAUAUCAGAAAAACAGGUAUGGACUCCUAGUUUGGCUUCAGAAGAACUGCUGGGCGGUGUGCACACCAAGGAGUACCUGGAUAACUUUAUACAAGGGAAAAUUCCGGAAAAAGAACAGAAGAGAACUGGCUUUCCCUGGAGUGAGGGCAUUGUGAGGCGCUGUCGAUAUGAAACAGGAGGUACGGUGCUAGCAGCGGAGAUUGCUUUGCAGAGGGGGUUAGCCUGCAGCACAGCCGGAGGGACUCAUCAUGCUUUCCCGAGCUUUGGGUCUGGAUUCUGCCUCCUCAAUGACCUGGCUGUGGCGGCAAAACAUUGGAUGGAUGUGUCUCCAACCAGGAGGAAGGUCCUGAUCGUGGAUCUGGAUGUGCAUCAGGGGGACGGCACAGCCUACAUUUUCAGAGAGGAACCGGAUGUUUUCACCUUCUCGGUGCAUUGUGGGAAGAACUUCCCGGUGCGCAAACAGCAGAGCGACCUUGAUGUCAGCGUGGACGAUGGGAUGGAGGAUAAAGAAUACCUUGCAACAGUUCAGGCUCACCUGCCCUGGCUGUUGGAGAGCUUCCAUCCUGACCUGGUGCUGUACGACGCAGGCGUGGAUCCUCACUGGGAAGACGAGCUAGGUAGACUGAGGCUAACAGACAACGGGCUGUAUCAGAGGGACCUGUAUGUGAUCGAUACUGUCGUCAAGAGGGGCAUUCCAGUGGCCACAGUGAUUGGAGGGGGUUACUCCAGAGACAUUGAUAGACUGGCACUCAGGCAUUCCAUAGUCCACAGGGCAGCAACAAAGGUCUGGAAGCAACAGGGAAUGUAACUUACUACCGGUAAAUAAAUUUACUGCUCCAAGAAGACAAGAGUAAGGUGACC